UGAGACCGUUACCCGAUCUCGAAAAUAGUAAUGUUAUAUUAUGCACAUAUUGGGUGUAUUGCUUGAUAAAUGAAAAUGUAGAGGUUUAUAGAAUUUUCAACCAGAAUUGAUUAAUAAUAAUAUAGAAAUAACUGGAUUAAUGUUAGUAUUUUAACCAGUGUGAAUGCAAAUCUUUUUAGGAAUAUACAAACCAAUUCCAAAAUGAAUAACUUAUAUUGGUUACUGCAGAUUUUUAUAUGCUUAGCAUCACAGGUUUUCACACAGAACCUGAAUUAUUCAAGAAGUGGGGAUCAAUCCACAUUUAUUAAUACUGUGAGAUUCCCAUAUUCGAUGUUUUUUGAUCCUUUUAUGGGGCUUAUCAUUGCAUUCGAUAUAAAACUGUCUCCGUCAUCUAUAGAUGCAGAUUUUUCAUGGAAUAUUGAAGCCAACUAUUUUUUGCCUCAAAAUAUAUCUGAAUACUCAUUUCCUCCGAUUAUUGAAUCAGAUUCCAACGAAAGAGGUUUAUUCGACCGAAAUGUACUAUAUCGUAUGUUAGAAAGUAAACUUGAUUCUUUCAGCAAAAAUUACACAGGCCACAACUGCUUUUUGCGAAUUAUUUGCGAAAUGUCUUGUUUUACCACAAAAGACACGGAUAUUUUUGGAGAUAUAUUACAUAUUAUAUUAAGUCCUACAUCGUCGGAAGACAAAAAUAUUUCCCAAAAGUAUAUAAAAGCUGAAAAUUACGGAAAGAAGAAUACUCACUGUGAUAAAUAUAUUAAGAAGUGUCCUGUAAAUAUUUUUGGCACCUUAAGUGUAUUAGAAGAACUUUUAGAUAAUAAACUGUUCGAGUAAUACGAG